AUGAUUCCUUUAGACAGCGCAACAGCCAUAUUGCCUAGAAUGCCGACGGGAAGGGCUUUAGCCGCGGAGUUUCCACUGACAAUUAUCAAGCCUCCACUACUGGAUACAAAAUGCAGGUCAAAUUCCCCAGCGGUUUCCAGCCCAAUCUAUCGACUGCUACAAAGUAGAAAUCGACGAAGAAACAGUUCGGCAUCUUCCGUGCAAAGUACUCUUAAUAACAGGAUUGAAUCCACGGAAUUCGUGACGGAAAGAGUUCAAGUUUUUGAAUUGAGAGACUCAUCAUGUCAACGCUCAAAUGUUGACUCCGUUUCGCAUCAGAAUCAACACCAAAAUACAAGUACAUUGCGUGACAAUAUAGUAAGUUACUGUCGAGAGGAAUCUCCGACUUCUCGGCGAAACAGUUCAAUGGAAUCAGUUAAAGAACGUUCUAUUUCAAUAAAGGAAGAAUCUUCAGGUGAGAUUCUAAAUUAAUGGUUGUGGUUAUACAAUGGAUGAUAUUUUAUAGCAAACUAUUGCCCAGUCAUUGUUUUGAGUUGCACUGAAACGCACCCGGAAGUUUUAGUUUUCCUCUUUCAAUGUGUUCUGAAAACCAUUGCUCCAUGCAUUUAAUAAUGAAAUCUUCUAUUCUGGGAAGUCAACAUUCUUGUAGUUGAAUUUCUUUUGAAGGUUGGCAAAACCCAGACCAGUGUCCAUGGUUUUGGAGUUUGACAAAAUUGUGAAACUUUCUGGUGCCACUCUUGUGAUGCCAUUGCCAGAAAUCAUGGCAAUCAUCGUGCAAAUCACUAUUUCUGUCAUCCCAGACCCCAAGUUGGUGCAUUUGUUCUCAGCUAUGUGGGAAAGCUUUAAAACAAAAUUUUACCUUGAGGAUUGGGAAGAGACAUGGAAGGGGGAAAGGGGGAGUUGGUUUCUCGUAAAAGGUCAUACCUCAGUCAUGAUUUUCUUUCUUGGGUUCUUUCUGCAGAGGACAUGAAUUUUACUUCAUGUAAAAUAUACUGACUGGCCUUCUUAUCAAUAAUUUCAGAAUUAACACCAGACCUCAGUGAUGAAGAUAGUAGACAGCAAUACAAUUUAACAAACUUGACACCAGAAACUCAACAAGCAGAUAAUUCCCUUGUUAUAGAAAAUAAACCACCAGAAAAGUCAGAGAAAAGGAAUAAAAAGAAAUCAUUAAAAGCUAAGAAAACUAAUAAAAAAAGAAAAAAUUCUCCUAAGAAAGGUGUUGCAGUGAGUGGUAUGUUUGCAAGACUGGUUGGACGUGGGCAUACAAAUGAACAAGACGGUAACUAAUAUUAAUGUAAUAGCUUUUAAUUACCCAUUUAAUAGUAAUAACUUUUAAUUACCCAUUUUAUUCAGGGUGAUGGGUAGUCAUAUUUAACUUAUCCUGAGGGAAACGCCAGAUUUCUCUAUAAAGAGAACUGUCAACCACAAGUCAACAUACGUGUAUGAUUUCUGCAUUUUACAUGCCCUGUACAUGUAAAGCAGCCCACUAACUAAAGCAAAAAUUACAGUCCUCAGAGCAUUCAAUUUGAUUGUUGUCAGAUACAUCAUAUAAACCAAGGAUGUAUAAAGAUACAAGACUGGUUCCAAAAGUUGCAGCAUUGUUAAACUUUUAUAUUAAGUCUUACCAUGUUCAUCUCUUAAAAUGAUAACAAGUCCAUUCUUUAAAUAAAAAGCACUAAAAAUAAUCUUUAUUGUUAUCCCAUUGUAUAUAAUUAUGCUUGCUGUAAAUAUAGAUGUAUGUUCUAGUGACUUGUCAAAGUCAUCACAAUCAUAUCCAUACGAUAGUAGAUUUAAUUAAACUACAACCUACACAUGCAGGUACAGUGAUAACAUUUUUAACAAGAAUAUUGUGUAUUUUUAGGCCAUCAAGUCAACUCAGAUCAAAAGGUGAAAAAUGGACUACAUUUACAACAGACAAGAGACACUUCCCCAAAUAAGUACCUAAGUGUUCAAAAACUAAGAGCAGCUUAUGCUCCAAAGAAACAAGAAAUCAAGAACAACAAAGCAACUGUUCUUUUACCACGGGUCUCUAACACUAGCUUAACUAACGACAACACAAGGAGUUGUACCUCUUCUCCAAGGAAACAGGAACAAGAACAAGAAAGCAUUUCUACUGCUCCGUAUCUAUCAUCCCCACGUAAACUACUGAACUCUCAUGAUGACAACAGAGUGAAGAAAGUUUAUCUAUCUGAGACACAUUCUGGGAUGAUCACAGGGAUACCAUGUGCCCCACCCAGUACACCCACUGUGGGUAUGUAGUGCUGCCUUAUUGUUAACAAACGGUACUAGUUUGUGAGUUAGUUAGAGUAAGUUUAUUUAAGCUUCAAUAAUACCCAAUGUUCAAGUAUUUAACAACCAAACCUCUUCCUAUAGACACCUCCUGUUAUAAAGACAGACACUAAUGAUUUUCUCUCUUUGGUGUGCAUACUAAGGAAGUUUGACUCUCUUGAUGGACACCACUAUUAAGGACACCUCUCUUAUAUGGACAUCCAGAGGUGGUCCAUCCCUAUCUGUAAUUUUGGUGAACAUAUCCCUCAGACAGGCACUUAACAGGUUUCAGAGGCAUAAGUCUAAUAGAGAGCCGACAAACUAUAUUUUCAAGCUUACAAAAUGAUACAAAUAAGAAAAAACCUUACAUAUUUUUAAAAAUUCUAACCUCCAAACCUACCAUAGACCAUCAAGGAGAUAUCCAUAGCUCCACACACACACCAAUAAAAUACAGCAAGUAAAAAGUUUCUCUGUAUGAGAAAAUAUAAGAAACUGUUGACAUUAUUAUUUUGCAGUCAUGUCACGUGUACAGCUGUACAAAGAAAAAAGUAUUCAGUGCACACUUGUUACAUUACUCCUAAGUGUCACAACAAAAAAAUUCAACUACCCUGUACUGGCAAUUUUUCUUUAAUAUUAAAACCUGAAUUGAUAAUUUUAUUUUUUUAGAUGAACUUAAGAAAGUGGAGUACAUCCCAUCCCUGACAGAUGUCAAGGUCAGCAAAUAAAUUAUUGCAUAUACUGUCCAGGCAUGUAAAUAAUAUGGAACUUUAAAACAGCAUAAAAUAACCUGAUGGAACUAAAUUAACAACAUACCACUAUAUGAACCUGUAUAUUUACAACAAUUUUUUUACUUUUACAUAAUGUGUACACAACAUCAACAUUUCAACGUUUUUUUUUUCAGAGCCAGAGAGCUGUAAAAUCAAGACUAAUUAACUUAGGUAAGUUGUGACAAGAAACAAACAGAAAUGUUUACAUCUUGAGAUAUUCUAGGCAAAUUAAGCAUGAAAAGAAAAUCAUGCACAAUAAUAAGACUAAUCUUAUCCACCUCACCCGUCGGUUUUGCGGCAAAGCAUGUUUUUCAGCUCUUCCACUCCUUUUAUUACCUCUUACUUGACUCAAAAAUCUAGGGGCUCUUUUUCAUAGUCUGGAGGUGAUCAGAAAAAAAAAAUAAAAAUCAUAAACAAAAGUUACCAAAACCAAGUUAAGUUACUAAUUUCUACAAUUUACUAUUUUUAGGAAAUAAAUUAAGGGCAGAGGAGCAGAAGAAGAAAGAAAAAGCUAUGAAGGAAGAACAAAGAAGAGCUUAUGGCGCAAUUUUACAGCUGAAACAAAGACAACGAGCUGAGGUAAAACUUAAGUUUUUUCUUGAUCUCAAAACCUCUCCCCAAUGGCCAUCGUAGGGACAGAAAAAAGUGGCCUUUAUGAAGAGAUGAUAAAGAGGUGGCCAUUGUGGAGUGGAUUAAACAACAAGAGUUGAUGUACAUGUAUGGAUUAUUUGCAUGCCCAGCGGGACUAAAAAGUGGCCAUGGUGGAGAAGUGGCCACCAGUGGAGGUUCGACUGAAUGUCCAUUAUAUGCAUUCUUCUUAACCCUUUAAGUCCCAAUAGUGACCAACAUCAAUUUUCUCCUAACAAAAUCCAUAGAUUAUCAAGAGCAAAGUGUAUGAGAAUUAAUAGAAUGAUCACAAAGAGAAGUCUUUGAUCUUAAAUCAAAUUCUCUCAACUAAUUUCCUAAGGAAAUGUAUGGAUAUCAGUUUGGAGAAUUUGUAUUUGGAUACUGGGGCUUAAAGGGUUAAUAAGUUGAUAAAUGAACAUCGGAUUAAUACAUUAAUUUAUACAUUUAAUUUGCAAGGAUAAUUUUUUUUUUCAUUUUUCAUGAUCAUUUUCCGUUUUGCUCCAAAAUGUAUAGCUUUAAAAACAGAACACAAAAAAUCCCCCAAAAAAGCUAAAUGAGGAGAUCAAUUUUUGUCUUUUCCCCUGUAAUAAUUUGUCACAUGAUAUCAAUCUUCAGAUCAGCCGCAAUUUAUAUAAGACAAAGUCUAUGAAGGACAUCCAACUUUAUGUGGUAGUUAUUUUUUUGUCUCACUUAUUUUUUAUUUUUCCAUUGUUUUUGCAUAUGGUAAUGUACGCUAAUGAAUUUGAAACAAAGAAAAAAUGGAAAUUGACUAAAAUUAAAAAUUAGCUGCAGAAAAUUUUAUAAUAUACUGCACUUUUCAAAAACACGUGAACUCUGAAGUUCAAAAGCCAACUGACAGUUAUGUUUUUCGCUGCUGUCAAUCAUCUAAGCAGACUUCUUAGGAAAAAGAACUUUACUGAUAAACGGGUUCAAAACGUCAUGAUUUGUGAUUUAUUCUUGGUGGAUUUAGAUCCAUUUUGUGUGUUUGUGUGUUUCAUGGUUUGUUGCUUGUGAUUGUAAAAAUGAUUGACGGCAGCAUAAAAAGCAAUUGUGAAGGCAACUUUCAAACUUUAGGUUUUGCGUGUUUGUGAAAAGCGCAGUGUAAUAGAAAUGAGGAAAGUCGGUAAAUGAGAAAGGCUAAAAACAUGUUUGGGAGAGACAUGUCAAGCUUUUCAAAUCGUUCAUGUGGUUUUGUGUGCUUUUUCCCAUGCAUCUCAGAGGUUCAAAAAUUUUGCUGUACUAAUUACCUACAACCUUGACUACAAGUCUCUGAUUUUAUUCUCCAGUCCCUGUAAUAAGGAACACUUUUUACUUCAUGACACUUUUAACAUUUAUAACUGGAUUCCUUUGACAGAUCUAUGCUUUAAACAAGGUGAUGACAGAACUGGAGAAUGAAAACUUCAGGAAGUUCAUGGAGGAAAAAUCAGCAGAAACACUUCCUGUAUAAAAGUUUUGAACUAUUNUCCCUGUAAUAAGGAACACUUUUUACUUCAUGACACUUUUAACAUUUAUAACUGGAUUCCUUUGACAGAUCUAUGCUUUAAACAAGGUGAUGACAGAACUGGAGAAUGAAAACUUCAGGAAGUUCAUGGAGGAAAAAUCAGCAGAAACACUUCCUGUAUAAAAGUUUUGAACUAUUUUACACGAUAAUAAGCAACGUGUUGACCCAAAAAGUUGAAGGGAAGGAAAUCCAAUGUAGGUGACGACAAGUCGAAAAUGGGCUGGGGAAGAAAUCAGCUAUUUUUAGAUGUACAUUUAUAUUUAUAUUUAUAUCCAUAGCUAUUUAAAUAGUUUAAAACAAAAAUCUAGUAUUCAAUUUCUUGAAGAAAGAAGUUUAUGACUUGUCAAAAAGUCAGAUCAUACAUUUUAAAAGAAUGUCCUUUUUUAUGUCACAAUUCAGAGGCCUUGUGGAGAGAGCCAGUGUCCACAUCUGAAUAUAGGAAUUAGUAAUGUAGGCUAUCAAGCGGUAACAGGGGACUGUAGAAUGGUUCCUAGAAAAACGUGGGUGUCAGAAAAUUAUCUGAUCUCCAGUGCCUGAUGAACACCCUGCCAGAUCCCGAAAAUACUCUCCCAGACCCUGUUAAGGUCCAUGCAGAGCAUGUUGUUGACUUCAAGCUUGGUGAAUCAUCACCAUGACAACAUGUUGUCUUGCAAUACAGUUUAUCAGUUUACAGUCGACUCUCUCGUAAUGGACACCGUUAUAAGACAGACACCUCUGUAAAAUGGACACCUAAAUUUGGUCCUUGUCUUUCUUUACAUUCUGUAGACUCCCUAUAAGAUGGACAUCUCUCUAAGAAGAACACUAAGUACCGGUUGCAAAGGUGUCUGUCUUAGGGAGAGCUGACUGUAAAACUGAGCUUAUUUUUGAAAAUAAUGAAUACAUAAGAAUGGGAAACAUGUUGUUUGAAAAUUCAAACUGGGGCCAACCCACAUCUCCUUAAUGUACUGUAGCUCUUGCAGACUGUCUAGUCAUCCCCUGACAGGAGAUGACUACUAAUUGUGAGGCCCACUUAGGGGUGGAGGGGUUACGUAUGUCCCUAGUCUGAAUUCAAUAUUUUAAAAAGCUGUUGUUUCAGCAUACUGAGGAGGAAGCCAU